CCACCUGCCGAGUGCCUGCGGGGCCGGGGCAGCGCUCGGGCCCAGCUCCGGCCUCACGGGGCCUCGGCGUGAGGCAGGGCUAGGGGCCCUCGCUGGCCCCUGCUUGUAGACCCUCGCUCAGCCCCUGCUGCUGCUCCUGGCUUCACAUGGGUCUCUGCCAAUGCCCCCCUCGAGCGCUAGGCACCUUCUCCACAGCUGGUGGCAGUGUGCUUUUUGUGCUGGAGGGGAAAGUUGACUGGUCUCCUUUGUGCCUGCCUUUAUUUCUGUCCCCUGCAGUUACAUCUUUUCUGCCAACACAUUGAUGCCUAACACCAGUACAUCUACCAAAACAUGAAGACUAAAACCAAAGGAAAACAGCAGAGGCACCCUGCUGACAAAGAAGCAUUUUCCGAGGAGUCAUCAAUAAGGAAAAAAGAACUGGUGAAAUGUUUGCGGCACAAAGAAAGGAGGAAUGGGGGAAACAAGGAGAGCAGCAAGAUGGCUCCAGCCAGAGCCAAGCAUCCUUGGAGCAGUAAGGACAGGCAUUUGAGGAGACUGGAAAGCAACGAGCGGGAGAGGCAGAGAAUGCACAAGCUCAACAAUGCGUUCCAGGCUUUGCGGGAGGUGAUCCCUCAUGUGAGGGCUGAGAACAAACUGUCCAAAAUAGAGACUCUCACACUGGCCAAAAACUACAUUAAAUCCUUGACCUCCAUUAUACUAAAUAUGUCAAAUGGACACUUGCCAGCAGCAGAAGGGAUAGGGGGAGGCUGGGGGUCCAAAUUGUACCAGCAUUAUCAACAGCAACAUGGCAAUGAUGAUAAUGAGGAACAGAUACAAAAAUAUUCCACAUAGAUUCAUAGCUUCAGCCAAAACACCUACAGUUAGCUAAUAUCACCAUUCUUUCUCCUUCUGGCAUGAUGCAUGUCAGUACAUAAAGGUUUUAAGAGUUUAUUUUUGAUUCCGUAUAUCCCCUACUUUUUGUCUUAAAAAGAUAAACAGGUAACAACACUCGUGGCUAUAGGUUACAUGGCACAUUAAACAAAAUUACCUUAAAUUGUAAGAAUUUUUCAGAGCUUAAUGGAUAGACUUGGUGUGUCAGGGUCUGGAAACCUGUCCCGUAACACUGUAGUUGCCUUGAAACUAAAGAUGUAGCAACUACUGAAAAUUCUCCUCUUUGGAAGGGUUGUCAGUUUAGCAUUUAAGGCCCAUUGUCACCCAAGAUCCCUAGAGCUUGUAGAGAAUCUUGGCAAUAGCGCUAUUUACCAACCUGUCAGUGACCUGCCAGAAUAGGUUUCCUCCUGUUCUGCUAUGGAGGAAAUUGAUGCCAACAGUUGACUGACUUGAUGAAUGAAGCAGCACGUAUGAGGAAUUGGCCACCAAAUCUGAAUAUUUGAGUGUUUCAGAUCUGUUCUGAUAAUUUUGAACCUUACAAAGCAUAAAACUUCUAAAGUACUUGUUAAUAUCUACAAAGCUUUCUUAGAUUGUAAGCUCUCCAGAGUCAGGACGUUUUCUGGUUUCCAGAGCAUCCAGCCUCAUGGAGUCUUUCUUUAGUGCAUCUCUGGGUGCCAUUGUAAUACAAAUAAUAAGUAAGGGACAAAUUACUUAUUUUUGCCAAAACUAUGAUAAAAAUACUUUAGUGUAGUCAUAAGUUAGACAAUGAUCUAUCCAAUUAAAAUUACUUGCUAAUGAAGCCUAUAAUGUGAUCAGCAUUCUUUCUGGGCUAGUGCUAGAUUCUGCUAUUAUUAAACACAAUAAAUGAA